AUGGCGUACCGUCUCAGAAGCCCCAGUCACAUUGGCAUAUUUCUCUUGAUUGUGCUUGUUUGCGUUUACCUAUAUGAUAAGCAGUCUACGAAUUUACGAUCAUCAAUCCUUCAGUUUUCGGUCAAUGAGCAGAAGCCUUCUGCAGACAUCCUCCAGUCACUUUCACUGACAGAGGACCAAUGCCACGCAGCUUUUCCAGGCUUGACGAAAGAGAUUGAUGAUGCAGUGGCUCGAGGACCAUUUCCUCUGAAGAGACAGCCGGAUCACCAUACCGGGCUUGUGCAAGGGAGAAUAAAGGAUGGAAAGGUGUUCAUUAUUUCUGCGGACCCGAAUCCGUCCCGGAAUAUGCUCCAGGAGCGAACUUCAGUCUUACACCAAAUUCACCGUGCCGUUACUACUUCUCCUUCGCCUCUUCCGAACACUAUUUUCGCGUUCAAUAUACUCGAUACUCCAAUGAAUAACUCAUGGGCAUUCUCAAGAUCGAACGACCCUAAAAUUGAAAAUGGAAAUUACUGGGUUAUGCCGCACUUCAGCUUUUGGUCGUGGCCGGUUUCCUUUAUUGGAACCGUCGAUCAAGCUAUGUCCAAGAUUGAUCAUAUAGAGAUGGAUAAACAUUGGACCGAGAAAAUCGACAAAGCGGUAUGGAGAGGAACGGGGUGGUUCAAUACCGUCGGUAACAAGGACUCGCGGCCAAGCUUGAUUAUGAAGGGUAAAGAUAAAGAAUGGGCAGAUAUAGAAGCUCUUAAUUGGACCACAAACGGCGACAGUGCCGAAAAUGCUAUCGGGAUAGAAGAUUUUUGCAAGUACAAAUAUAUUGUUUACACGGAGGGCAUAACCUACUCUGGGCGUCUACUUUUCCAUCAGGCGUGCGCUUCCGUUAUUCUCACACCACCACCGACUUAUUUACUUCACCAAACACACUUUCUACGUCCCAUAUUUUCAAAAACAUUCCUCCCGGCGCGUGAAGUAUCUGCAAAAUUCCAAUAUGACUGGACAACUCGUUGGCCCAACACCUACGGACUAAAUGAAGCGAACAUCAUAUUCGUUGAACCCGACUGGUCAGACCUUGAGGAAACAAUCAUGUACUUGCGGAACCACCCUGAGAUAGCUACUGGUAUUGCUGAAAGACAAAGAGAACUGUUCACAAGAUACUUAUCUCCAGCUUCUGAGGCUUGUUAUUGGAGAGCUCUUAUACGUGGUUGGAGUAAAGUUGCUGAACCACACUAUGAAGAUGGCGGUUGGGCUAGAUGGGAUGCAGAAGGGGUCGAAGAUGGCGAGGGAAUGAGGUGGGAAACAUUCAGUUUACUUGGGAAAGUCUCCCAGAACUGA